CCCAAACGGAAAUCAACUCCAUAUUGUAGUCUCCCACCCACCACCUCUCUCCUCCUCCUCCUUAAAUCCCUCUCAUCUCCUCCGCCUCCAGCCCCCCUCCCUCUCUCUCUCUAAAACUUCCACUUUCUCUCUCCUCUCCUCCCACGUGUAUUCACGGUUCCAAAAACACCACCACUACCCAUUUCUCUCUCUCAAUGACCGAUUACCGGUUACCGACGAUGAAUCUCUGGACCGACGACAACGCUUCGAUGAUGGAGGCUUUUAUGACUUCCGAUCUGACGUCUUUUUGGCCUCCGCCGCCAUCUUCCUCUGCCUCCACCUCGGCGGUGGCGGCGAACCACCACCCACCACCACCGCCACCGCCACAACCACCAUCGCCACCGCCGCAGAUAUUCAACCAGGAGAGCCUCCAGCAACGUCUCCAUGCCCUGAUCGAGGGGGCUCGAGAGAGCUGGACCUACGCGAUCUUCUGGCAAUCCUCCGUGGUCGAUUACUCCGGCGGCUCCAUGCUGGGUUGGGGCGACGGCUACUACAAAGGCGAAGAAGACAAAGGCAAGCGCAAGGCGGCGGCGCCGUCGUCCGUGGCGGAGCAACUGCACCGCAAAAAGGUUCUCCGGGAACUCAAUUCCUUGAUUUCCGGCGCCUCUCCCUCCGCCGACGACAGCGUCGAUGAGGAAGUCACCGACACCGAGUGGUUCUUCCUCGUCUCCAUGACUCAAUCGUUCGUCAAUGGAAGUGGACUCCCCGGCCAAGCCUUCUUCAAUUCGUCUUCGAUUUGGGUCGCCGGAGCUGAACGCCUUGCUGGUUCGGCCUGCGAGCGAGUCCGACAAGGUCAAGUGUUCGGAUUACAGACCAUGGUUUGUAUUCCUUGCUCUAAUGGCGUCGUCGAAGUGGGUUCUACGGAAUUGAUAUUCCAGACCUCAGAUCUGAUGAAUAAAGUCAGGUUUCUUUUCAAUUUCAACAGUACUGAAUUGGGUUCAUGGUCGAUUCCGGCAGAAAACGACCCGUCUGCGAUGUAUAUAACCGAUCCAUCGUCGUCCGUGGUCGAACUCAGAGAGUCGACACCGAUAAUUCCUUCUCAUAAUCAACAGUACUCGAAGCAAAACGGUGUUGAAAACCCUAGUUCGAGUACUGUGACUGAAACCCCUAGUUCAAUCCAUGUUCACAAUCACAGCUCUCACCAUCAAAACCAGCCACCACACCAACUAACCCAUGCCCAAACCCAGAGCUCCUUUACCAGGGAAUUGAAUUUCUCUGAAUUUGGGUACGAUGGAACUAGUGUUAGGAAUGGGAAUUCACAGUCCUGCAAGCCUGAAUCGGGCGAUAUUUUGAAUUUCGGUGAGAGCAAGAGGAGUUCAUGUAGUGGAAAUGGAAAUCUGUUUUCCAAUCAUUCCCAAUUUGGUGGUGUAGAGGAAAAUAAGAAGAAGAGAUCCCCAACUUCACGAGGUAGCAAUGAUGAAGGAAUGCUUUCAUUCACUUCUGGUGUGAUUUUGCCCUCUUCAGGGAUGGUGAAAUCGAGCGGUUGUGGCGGAGAUUCAGACCACUCUGACCUCGAAGCCUCGGUGGCUCGCGAGGUUGAGAGUAGCAGAGUGCCUGAUCCAGAGAAAAGGCCUCGUAAACGUGGCAGAAAACCCGCAAAUGGAAGAGAAGAGCCAUUGAAUCAUGUGGAAGCAGAGAGGCAGAGGCGAGAGAAGCUCAACCAGAGGUUCUAUGCACUUAGAGCUGUAGUCCCAAACGUGUCGAAAAUGGACAAAGCUUCGCUUCUUGGUGACGCCAUUUCUUACAUCAACGAGCUCAAAUCCAAGCUCCAAACUUCAGAGUCCGAUAAAGAGGAGAUGAGGAACCAAAUUGAGUCCUUAAAAAGAGAAUUGAGCGUGAAAGAAUCCCGGUUUUCAGGUCCACCUCCGCCCGAUCAAGAUCUCAAAAUGUCAAACAAUGGAACAAAGUUGCAAGAUAUAGAUAUCGAUGUGAAGAUAAUUGGUUGGGACGCGAUGAUUCGAAUCCAGUGUAGUAAAAAGAACCACCCUGCAGCUAGGUUAAUGUCAGCUUUAAAAGAGCUAGACCUCGAUGUCCACCAUGCCAGUGUCUCCGUGGUGAACGAUUUGAUGAUCCAACAAGCCACGGUGAAGAUGGGUAGUCGAUUUUACACGCAAGAACAGCUUAGGAUGGCCUUAUCGUCCAAAAUUGGCGAUUCACGGUAGGUAUUGUCGGAUGAAUGAAGCUCAAGGAGAGAGCUUAUCAUAGGACCGGAGUUAAAUUUGUGGAUUGUGCCAUGGCUCUGGGACAUUUUAAGGCUCCCGGUAGGUAGCGAGCUCUGUAACAUAAUUGGUUUCAUAUUAAGUCUACAUUAGCUUUAUUUGAGGAUUUUUGAUGUGAAAAAAGCUGGAUGAGUCUGGUUUUUUUCUUGUUAUUUUUGUGUUGGAUCUUUGUCUAGUUUCAAUCGUUGUAUAUAAACCUAAAAAGUCCAUGAAUUUUCAGGCUGUUUGUUCAUGUCAACUAGUCUGUUUUUGUGUUUGUAAGAUCCGCAUGACUCUAUUUCUCUCUUUAGAUUCA